ACAAACAAACAUUGCAAUUAUUAUUCGCAUCAAUUUCACCAAAUUUUAUUACCUGGUUUGAUUGAUAAUUCACCUGACAAACGAAACGAAACGAAACGAACUAGCGAAAAUGAUUAUCAUAUCACAAGUUGAACCAAUAAUCGAACCAAUAUUUGAAAAUGAAUUCUGGUAUUUACCGACCAGAGCUUCAGCAUCAGCUCGUGCUGCAUCAAUGAUUGGUUUAAUGAAUCAAUCACAAUCAUCAUUAUCGAAAAAUCAUGGCCAAAUACCACCAUUUGAAUACAAUGGUCGUUAUCUACAAUAUUUUGGUCUACCACAAUUUCAACCGGAUGAUAUUAAAAUCAAAAUGGAUCGAGAAAAUCGACAAAUCACAAUUAGUGGCCGCCAUGAACAUCGAAAUGAAUGGGAAUGUGAAUCAUAUGAAUUUAAUAAACGUAUAUUGAUUCCCGCCGAUGUUGAUAUGAAAAAUAUGAAAUGUUUUAUUGCUGAAAAUGGUUUGAUACAAAUUGAAGCACCAAUGUUGAAUCGUUCACAACAACAACAAAUGCAAACCGAUGUAGAAAAGGAAAUUCCAAUUCAAUUUGUAAACCGACCUAGUACAAUGGAUACUAUGGAUUCAAAACAAGGACCAAAAGAAGAAAAAUUUAUUAAAAUUCAACAAGAAGAACAGCAACAAAAUAUGCCAAAACAAACAACAGGUGGACGAAUGAUUCCAAUCGAACAUGUUGUUGGCCGUCAACCUAUUCUAGAGGAAUCAUUUUGUUCCAAACAAACAGAACAAUUGGAACGUGGAAAACGUUCACAUAAAUCACCGACACCUCCUGCAACAACGAUAAUACAACCACCACCACCACCACCAGAUGCAAUUCGUCAAAUGAUUCGUGAAAUUCCUAUUCGUAUGGCACGAAGACCAAUCGAUCAAGGUAUUCUUUGUCCUUGUUGUCAUGGACGUGGAUCAAGAUCAUCAUCAUCCUCAACAACAAGUAAUUGUGGUUUUGAUCAUCAAAAUUAUCCACAAUUAGUUGCUUAUCGUCAAAAUCCACAAUCAUCAUCGGAUUCUUCGAUUUUGAAAAAAGAUUAUCAACCAAAAAAUCAUCAAAAUCAAACAACAACAACAACAACACAAGGCAAUCCGGCACAACAACAAGAAUCAAUUGCAGGCAAUGAUUUAAAUCAGGCUAUUGAUCAACUACAAAAAGUUGCAUCGGAAAUUUCAUCCGAACAACCUUCAACAACAACAAUCGAUGAUGUGAAAAUGAAAGAUGUUUCGAAAAAAAAUCGAUAAAAUUCAAUUGAAAGCUUCUAUUUUUCUUUCUGCUUUAUCAUCAACAAUUGCUGCUGCUUCGGGUAAAAGACACCGCUUAUUCUAUCUCUA